AUGCGAAGAUGUUCCAAGCACGCCACCUGCAGGCCUGUCGUCAACCAGCCACUGCCAACUCGAGUUCUGGAGCUUUCUCCUACAUCGAGGCACAAGUUGAUCGAAACUCGUGGCUUGUUUGGUCAAUAUGUGAUCCUCAGUCAUUGCUGGGGUUCUUCUGACAACAUGUACAAGACAACCAAGGAUAAGCUGCCGGCGCUUCAACAACAACUCGACACGGGCGCCCUUUCUCGAAACUUCCAAGACGCAAUCCUCUUCACGCAGAGGCUGGGUUUCAAGUAUCUCUGGAUCGAUGCGUUGUGCAUCGUGCAGGAUGACCCCGCUGAUUGGGAGAAGGAAGCGUCGUCUAUGGGAGACUACUACAAUCGCUCGGCCCUGAUGCUGUCGGCGGCUGCAGCGCCUGAUCACGCGAGUGGCUUUCUUCAUCAUCGCCCUCAGGGCCUCUCUCCGUCUUUUGGUACUGAUCGCUGGUUCUACGUACGGCCGCAGAUUCUCCAAGAAUACGCCCUCGAUCUCAUGCCCAUCUCCAAGCGAGCGUGGACAAUGCAGGAGAGAUACCUCGCGCCAAGGGUUAUUCAUUUCUUACCGGACCAAGUCUUUUUCGAAUGUGGCAACUCCAGCUAUUCCGAAGGCUACUUCAAGAACAACAUGGCAGAGUCAAACUUUUUUUCCAAGCUGAGGAUCCAAAAAUACAUUGAGCCAGAUUUAUGUCUGGCCGAGGACAGGAAGCGGACGCCAAACAUGGACCCAGCACCGUCACGGUGGCUAGGGCAGUUUCACUACGACAUGUGGUACGAAUGCGUCCGAAUGUUUACUUCAAGGAACAUUACAUUCCAUUCGGACCGGAUGCCUGCCAUCGCCGGCCUCGCGAAAAAGUUCUCUCACCCAAACGCAGGGGCGUAUCUCGCUGGCCACUGGGAGAACGAUCUUUUCCGAAGUCUGUGCUGGACCUCGACGACGCGAGGACGGCGGGGAAGGUCUGGCGGAGAAUCUAAAACACCGCAGGCGGUUAUGAAGUAUCGGGGCCCCAGUUGGAGUUGGGUGAGC